GCCAGGCAGGAAAUAUUUUAGCGCGUUGCGACGCCAGUGAAAAAACGAAAAUCACAGUCCUCGUGGUGGCUUGUAAAUCGGGAACUGUUGGAGCCCUAUAAAAUUAAGGAUAAUCUGAUCCUGGACAGCGUGCAGCCAUGUCGCAUCACUACGUGGUGACGGCGCAAAAGCCGACGGCAGUUGUUGCCUGUUUAACUGGCAAUUUUACUUCGCCCACGGAUCUUAAUCUCAUCAUUGCCCGAAAUAAUCAGGUGGAAAUUGACCUUGUUACGCCAGAGGGACUGCGUCCACUGAAAGAGAUCAACAUCAAUGGUACCAUUGCCGUAAUGCGGCACUUCCGUCCGCCAGAUAGCAACAAAGAUCUGCUCUUUAUUCUGACGCGUCGCUACAACGUUAUGAUCCUGGAGGCCCGCAUGGUCAACGAUGUCAUCACGGUGGUCACCAAGGCUAACGGGAAUGUGUCUGACUCGGCUGGGAUUCCCUCGGAGGGAGGAGUUAUCGCCGCCAUUGAUCCAAAAGCAAGAGUCAUUGGAAUGUGCUUAUACCAGGGUCUAUUUACUAUUAUCCCAAUGGAUAAGGAAGCCAGCGAACUUAAGGCCACCAAUUUAAGAAUGGAUGAGCUGAACGUAUACGAUGUGGAGUUUCUGCAUGGCUGCCUCAAUCCAACCGUCAUAGUAAUACACAAGGACAAUGACGGCAGGCACGUUAAGUCGCACGAGAUAAAUCUGCGCGAGAAGGAGUUCAUGAAAAUCGCCUGGAAACAGGACAAUGUGGAAACAGAAGCCACUAUGCUGAUCCCGGUGCCUUCUCCAAUCGGCGGAGUGAUCGUAAUUGGGCGCGAAUCGAUUAUGUAUCACGAUGGAAGCAACUAUCAUGCGGUUGCACCGCUCACCUUCCGCCAAAGCACCAUUAACUGCUACGCCCGUGUGAGCAGCAAUGGACAGCGCUAUCUACUGGGUAAUAUGGAUGGCCAACUGUACAUGCUGUUUCUGGGCACCUCAGAAACGGCCAAGGGAGUGACUGUCAAGGACAUAAAGGUUGAGCAGUUGGGCGAAAUCUCUAUACCAGAGUGCAUUACUUACCUGGACAAUGGAUUCCUUUAUAUUGGAGCUCGUCAUGGAGAUUCACAAUUGGUGCGUCUAAAUUCAGAGGCGAUCGACGGUUCUUAUGUUGUGCCCGUUGAGAAUUUCACCAAUCUGGCUCCGAUUCUGGACAUUGCAGUGGUGGAUCUGGAUCGUCAGGGUCAAGGCCAGAUCAUCACUUGCUCGGGAAGCUUUAAGGAUGGAUCCUUGCGUAUUAUUCGCAUUGGCAUUGGCAUACAAGAGCAUGCCUGCAUCGAUCUUCCUGGAAUCAAAGGCAUGUGGUCAUUAAAAGUGGGAGUUGAUGAGAGUCCAUAUGAGAAUACUCUGGUACUGGCAUUUGUGGGACACACCAGAAUUCUAACCCUUUCUGGCGAAGAGGUUGAGGAGACUGAUAUUCCCGGAUUUGCUAGCGAUCUACAGACGUUCCUUUGUUCAAAUGUGGAUUUUGAUCAGUUGAUUCAAGUAACAUCGGACAGUGUUCGCUUAGUAAGUAGUGCCACGAAAGCCUUAGUGGCCGAGUGGCGUCCACAAGGCGAUCGUUCUAUUGGCGUUGUAUCCUGCAAUACAACGCAAAUUGUUGUUGCCUCCGCAUGCGACAUAUUCUACAUCGUUAUUGAAGAUGGAAGCCUAAAGGAGCAGUCUCGAAGGACUUUGGCAUACGAGGUGGCCUGUUUGGACAUCACUCCAUUGGAUGAAACGCAAAAGAAGUCAGAUUUAGUGGCUGUGGGGUUAUGGACAGAUAUAUCUGCUGUGAUCCUGUCCCUACCUAAUCUAGAGACCAUUUAUACUGAGAAAUUAAGCGGAGAAAUCAUUCCCCGAUCUAUCCUGAUGACAACCUUUGAGGGAAUCCAUUAUCUUCUUUGUGCUUUGGGCGAUGGCUCCAUGUAUUACUUUAUCAUGGACCAGACUACUGGGCAACUGACGGAUAAGAAAAAGGUUACUCUGGGUACGCAACCAACCACGCUGCGAACCUUCCGGUCACUGUCCACCACUAAUGUCUUUGCCUGCUCCGAUCGUCCCACUGUGAUUUACUCUUCAAAUCACAAGUUGGUGUUCUCAAAUGUGAACUUGAAGGAGGUGAACCACAUGUGCUCGCUGAAUGCACAGGCCUAUCCGGAUAGCUUGGCUUUGGCCAAUAAAAACGCUGUUAUUCUGGGCACCAUCGAUGAGAUUCAGAAGCUGCAUAUUCGAACAGUGCCGCUGGGCGAGGGACCACGACGAAUUGCCUACCAAGAGGCUUCACAGACGUUUGCUGUAUCUACGCUACGUGUUGAUGUUCAUGGAAGAGGCGGAGCUAAACCUGUGCGGAAUAGUGCCUCCACUCAGGCCCAAAAUAUAACGUGUAGCUCGAAUUUCUUGCCCAAACCUGGUGGUGGAAAUUCCACGGCUGCCAAUGCGGAAGUGGGACAAGAGAUCGAUGUAUACAACCUCUUGGUCAUCGAUCAAAACACGUUCGAGGUUCUUCAUGCUCAUCAAUUCGUAGCCCCCGAAACUAUAUCCUCGCUUAUGUCGGCCAAGUUGGGUGAUGAUCCCAAUACUUACUAUGUGGUGGCCACAUCACUGGUAAUUCCAGAAGAACCCGAACCGAAGGUGGGAAGGAUCAUUAUUUUCCACUACAACGACAAUAAGCUAACCCAAGUGGCCGAGACGAAGGUGGAUGGCACUUGCUAUGCCCUGGUUGAGUUCAAUGGCAAAGUUCUGGCCGGAAUUGGUAGCUUUGUUCGUUUAUAUGAGUGGACCAAUGAGAAGGAGUUACGCAUGGAGUGCAACAUUCAAAACAUGAUUGCCGCCCUGUAUUUGAAGGCAAAGGGCGACUUUAUAUUAGUUGGUGACUUGAUGCGAUCCAUUACACUGUUGCAGCACAAGCAGAUGGAGGGGAUCUUUGUCGAAAUUGCCCGCGAUUGUGAACCCAAGUGGAUGCGAGCUGUUGAGAUUUUAGAUGAUGAUACGUUCCUGGGAUCCGAGACGAAUGGAAAUCUGUUUGUGUGCCAAAAGGAUAGUGCCGCCACAACAGACGAGGAACGUCAGUUGCUGCCAGAGCUGGCCCGUUUCCAUUUGGGUGACACAGUUAAUGUUUUCCGCCACGGAUCCCUGGUGAUGCAGAAUGUGGGUGAGCGAACCACGCCAAUUAACGGAUGUGUACUAUACGGGACAUGCAAUGGAGCCAUUGGCAUUGUAACCCAGAUACCGCAGGACUUUUAUGAUUUCUUGCACGGGCUGGAGGAGCGGCUCAAGAAAAUCAUCAAGUCGGUUGGCAAGAUUGAGCAUACUUAUUACCGCAAUUUCCAAAUCAAUACCAAAGUGGAGCCUAGCGAGGGAUUCAUCGAUGGGGAUCUGAUUGAGAGCUUUUUGGACUUAAGUCGAGACAAAAUGCGAGAUGCCGUUCAGGGAUUGGAGAUAACAUUGAAUGGUGAGCGAAAGGGUGCGGAUGUGGAAGAUGUCAUCAAGAUCGUUGAGGACCUCACACGCAUGCAUUGAGGCCUUAUGGUCAAUUGUAUAUAAGUAUUGGAAGAUGAUCUAUCUCGAUGCGAAUUAUUUGAAUGUACAUGAAACUUCGAUACCAUGUAUCCCGCUUAACCCCAUAACUUCUUCCUACUCGAAACUCUCCGUGCUAGAUGCUACGACUGUCGUUCACACGAUGUUUCUCGAGUUCCUGGUUUGUGUUUGCUCGUAAAAAAUAUUGACAAUGUAGCAAAAAAAAAUUGUUUUAAGUGCGCCGCACGCGCUCUUUCAAAGAUGCGCCACAGUCACGCAUUAAUUUAAUAAAAAAAAUUUAAAUAAAAUUGAUGGGUUUUAUAAGGCUAAUUCAGUCUUACUAGACUUGCAUUUACUAGU